UUUGUUUUCCGGAGGUGAUAUAUAUAAAUCGUUUUGAUCGUGUCACAUCCCAAAAGCUUCGGCAUAAUCACCAUUAAACCGAGUCUCUCUCUCUCUCUCUCUCUCUCUCUCUCUCUCUCUCUCUCUGAACUUUCACGGUACGUUUUGGAAAUGGCGACAGUACCAGGACAAUUGAUAUGGGAGAUCGUUAAGACCAACAACUGUUUCUUGGUCAAACAGUUCGGAAGAGGCAACGCCAAGGUUCAGUUCAGCAAAGAGAAGAACAAUCUCUGCAACCUUAACUCCUACAAGCACUCUGGUCUUGCAAACAAGAAGACAGUGACCAUCCAGCCAGCUGACAAGGAACAAGGUGUUGUUUUGGCCACCACCAAGACCAAGAAGCAGAACAAGCCUAAGGUCUCUGUCAACAAGUCUAUCCUUAAGAAGGAAUUCCCCAGGAUGUCCAAGGCUGUCGCUAACCAGGUGGUUGACAACUACUACAGGCCAGACUUGAAGAAAUUCGCUCUUGCUAGACUCAGUGUCAUCAGCAAAAGCAUUAGGGUUGCCAAGUCCGGUGCCAAGCAAAGAAACCGUCAAGCUUAAGCCUUUUUGAAGUACUGAAGAGGUUUAUUAAGUUGUUUUUUGUUCAAGUCGAACCUUAACACUAUGCUAUGCUUAUCCUUUUCAAAAGAAGUUAGAACUUUUUUUUAUUUAUUAUGCUUUUGGUUUCUGGUGUGCUUGUGUUGGAUCUUUUUUUUAUCAAAUCAAGGAUUUGAUCAUGUGAUA